CUAGGAGGAAGGGCGGCGGGGGGAAGGGAGGUGCUUCUCGCGAACUUUUCGCCGCCGAGUGGUUUUUUUUUUUUUUUUUUUUUUUUUUUUUUGUCUCGGCGCCGAGUGGAUUAGUUUGUAAAAGGGGUAAUAAGUAUGGAGGAUGACUGCGAAUUGAGCACCAAGUUCCGCCACGAUGGGGCCAGCAGCACCGAGGACUACUCUGUGGACAUCCACCCGUUGGCCUCCAGGCCUUGGUUCCUCGUGGCCGGCGACGAGGGGACUCUGCAGGUAUGGAACUACGAGACGGGACAGCUGGUGGCCUCCUGCAGCAUCCCACACAAGAGGGUGGCAAGGGCCAAGUUCGUCCCGCAAGAGGACUGGGUCAUUCUCACAGAUCACGACUACAUUCACGUGUACGAGCAGCGCGGCGACAGGUUGAAGGAGAUCAAGAGCAUCUGCGCUAAUAACGAAUCGCUGACGUGGAAGAUCGCCGUCCACCCUCUUCUCCCCAUGAUGCUGACCGCUGCGGGGUCCAAAGUCAAACUCUGGUUCUGGAGUCCCAAAUGGAAGCACGUAUCUCUGAAGAACUGCCAUACCGACCUGGUGGUGGACGUGGCUGCCCAUCCCCUGGACGCCGGAACGUUCGCAAGCUGCUCCGUCGACAUGACAAUCAAGGUGUGGAGUCGAGAGACCAACCUGAAGACUCUGCGGUGCAGGAACAAAGUGAUGAGUGUGCAGUUCGGAUGGAAGGAGUGGCAAACGCCGUUGCUCUUCGCCAGCACCCACCUGCCGCAGGGGAGCGACACGGGCGAGCUUGUCAUUUGGGACUGGAAGAAGGGGAGCUGCCUGGCUACGUUCGGCGUUCACCCGGGCACUCCCAGGGCCUUCUUCCCCCAUCCGGCGAUGCCUUACCUGGUCAGCGCGGACGACAAGGCCACGAUCAAAGUGUGGAACGAGACGAGCUGCAAGAUCGUCUCCUCCUUCUCGGUGAGCUACCUCCGGGAGGUAAACUGCUUGGUGCCCUGCAGGCAUGCGAACUUCAUCGCUGCAGGGGGGCGCGGCACGGCCGCCGUCAUCGAAGUGGAGAGGACCGGGAAAGGAGGCGGCGCCGACUCCGACGAUGACGCCGCCGGGUCGGCUGCCAAGGCUGUUGUCGCCGCCGCGCUUCUCCGAAUGCUGAGCAUGAACAAUUAGAGGAGGGAAAGAGAGAGAGAGAGAGAGAGAGAGAGAGAGAGAGAGAGAGAGAGGAUGAAUGAGGCUCAAAUUGAGGAGC